AUGGUUUUCCGACGUUGCGUGACGACGAGUCGCAGCCGUCGCAGGGAACGACAGUUGUCGCGCAAUCUGCAAGUCGUCGCUUUGGCGCUGAUGGCUCUCGCGAUACGGCCGUUGGAAGGCGCCUCGAGCGGCGCUGGCUUCGCGAAUUCAUGGGCGAACAAUCUCCGCUACUCCCGCCUCUCCCGCCACGAGCAAUCCACCGCCGCGACGCUCCUUCCAUCCUCGUUACAGUCCACCCCGACAUCAUCGCACAGCGCACCCGCUUCGUUUUACCCAUCCGCCCUCCCUUCCGCCUCCGCCGCCAACUCGCGCCGCGCCUCCGCCGCCCCCGCGCUCCCCCAGCACCUUCCGCGUUUCCUCCACUCCGCGCAUUCUCCCCCAUCCCCCGCCUCCGCCCCCGUGUGGCGCAACCGCGUCACCCUCUCCCGCGUGGCCGCGCUUCCGCCCGCCGCCCCGUCCGCGGGAAGCAGGAGAGUCGAGUUAGAAUCAUCGGUGAAGAUCAAGGCGACAAUGACUCGGCCAAAAUCCGUGCCGUCCACGUUGAGCUCUGCUGACCGUUCGAUGCUGCUGAGUCGGAUGAACGAUGCGCGAGCAUCCGUUUCAGCCACAGCCGUCCCACGCCCAUCCGCCGCCCUCCCGAACCUAACCUGGAGCGACACCCUGGCAGGCUCGGCGCAGGCCUGGGCAGCCGAAGAAGCAGGUUCGGUGUGUGCCGGGCCAGUGGAUGCUUUCGGCAGCACGCUGUCACUCUGGUCGCAGCAACCUGGCAGUGCGUAUGGUGUGAGCUGGUACGGGUUUGAGUCGGCUGCUGCGUCUCCUGCCGGCAGCACUCCCUCUGACGCCAUCACUGCGUGGCUUUACGAGAAGGCCUUUUACGAUCCCGCGCGCAACGAGUGCAGGGACACGGACGACUGUGAGGACUACCGUCAGAUCGUCUGGCGAACCACCACUGCAGUGGGCUGCGGCAUGGUCACAUGCACUGAAGCCAACGCACCCAUCCCAACGUCUCUCUUCGUCCUCCUCUGCUACUUCGAUCCUCCCGGCAACCUCCCCAACCAACACCCUUGGCUCUCCCUCCUCUCCCCGCCUUCCCCCUCCCUUCCCCCUCCCGCCACCCCUCCCCCUCGCCCCCCCCCGCCCGCACCUCGCUCCGCCCCCACUCCCUCCCCCCCUCCCCCCCGCGCGCCUCCCCCCAAAGCCUCCCCGCCUCCCCCUCCCCCUGUGCGGAGCCCACCCCCGCGCCCUCCACCGUCCGCUUCCCCCAGCCCUCCCCCUCCGCGCUCUUCCCCCUUGGGGGUAACAAGCGUGGGGGAGGGGGGGAGGGAGACGCUGCUGCAGGGGAUGAAUGGAGCGAGGUCAGCAGUCCCCUCUGCCAGCCUGUCCCCGCUGACGUGGAGCGACGCCUUGGCCACGUCAGCACAACAAUGGGCAGCCAAUCAGACAGCAUCCCUGUGCUCCGCGCCUCUAGACCCCUUCGGCACGGCCCUCUCGUUCACCUCAGCCAUGCCUGUAGCCGCUGCCACCCUACCCUCUCUCUUCGCUGCUGCCACAACCUCGCCUCUGUCGGCUGCUGCCUCCCCUGCCGGCAGCACUCCCUCUGACGCCAUCACUGCGUGGCUCUAUGAGAAGCAGAACUACAACUCAGAAGCUGACACGUGUGCACCUGGGGAGCUCUGCAGCAAUUACCGUCAGAUUGUGUGGAAGGCUGCUACAGCCGUGGGGUGUGGCAUGGUGGGUGGAAGGCUGCUACAGCCAUGGGGUGUGGCAUGGUGGGUGGAAGGCUGCUACAGCCAUGGGGUGUGGCAUGGUGGGUGUAAGGCUGCUACAGCCGUGGGGUGUGGCAUGGUGGGUGUAAGGCUGCUACAGCCGUGGGGUGUGGCAUGGUGGGUGGAAGGCUGCUACAGCCGUGGGGUGUGGCAUGGUGGGUCGCCGACAACAUUCACCCAUGACACUCUGCCUUGUGCUAUUUCUAACCAAUCAACACUCGCCCUUGCGCCUCUCCCUCUGCCUGUGCCUUUCGAGUCAACUCAAAACCCGCCUCGUUCUCUUCCCCUUAUCUCCCCCUCCGUCUCUCCCCCUGCUCCCCCCCCUGCUUCCCCCCCUGCUUCCCCCCCUGCUUCCCCCCCUUCCCCCCCUGCUUCCCCCCCUGCUUCCCCCCCUGCUUCUCCCCCUAUCCAUACCUACCGCAUCUCAUCCCAGGUCACAUGUUCAGAGGCCAAGGCACCCUCCCCAACGUCCCUCUUCGCCCUCCUCUGCCUCUUCAACUCCCAAGCCUCCUCCAACCAGCACCCCUGGAUCGCCUCCCCUCCCCCCCCUCCCUCUCCGCCCUCCCCUCCCCCCUCCCCCCCUCGCUCCCCCAACCCUCCCCCAUCCCCACCUCCCCCCCGUCUCCUUCCUCCCUCUCCGCCUCUCCGCUCCCCUUCCCUCCCCUCCUCCCCCUACCACCCGCUCCCCCCCACCCCGGCCCCCUCCCCCUGUGGUGCGCCCCCCUUCCCCUCCCCCCCCAUCCCCUCCCCCUGCUCGGGGGCGGCUGUGCUGGGGGGAGGGGGGAGGGCGGAGCUGCUGGCGCUUAUCAACAGAGAGAGGGCGUCUGCCAGCCUGUCAGCGCUGACCUGGAGCGACGCCUUGGCCACGUCAGCGCAGCAGUGGGCGGCCAAUCAGACAGCAUCCCUCUGCUCCGCCCCUCUAGACGCCUUUGGCUCGCUUCUCCCUCUAGCCGCUACAAACCCUGCUGCCGACCCUGUCGGCAGCACUCCCCCUGACGCCAUCACCGCGUGGCUCUACGAGAAGCAGAACUAUGAUCCAUCCACAAAGACAUGCUCCCCUUUUGAUUCGUGCUACAACUACCGUCAGAUCAUCGGCAUCACAACCACAGCCUUCGGAUGUGGCACGGUGC